CUGUAUAUUCUGUGGUUCAGCUGCUACUGCAGUAGGUUUUUUGAAAUAGGGAACAGAUUUAGGUUAUGUUUACACUUCACACCUCAACAAACAUGUUUACAAAAUUUGUAGUAUUUUUAUAAGAUUCUUAUCAAAGAAAGUAGAAAACAACAUGACUACUCUACGGCCAUUCACCUGCAAUGAUUUAUUAAAAUAUAAUGCUGUAAAUCUUGAUCCACUCACGGAGACCUAUGGUCUGUCAUUCUACAUGCAAUACCUGGCCCAUUGGCCUGAGUACUUCCUAGUGGCCGAAUCUGCCAGUGGGGAGAUCAUGGGAUACAUAAUGGGCAAAUCGGAGGGGCACGGGGAGAACUGGCAUGGUCACGUGACUGCCCUCACUGUCUCCCCCUACCACCGACGGUUAGGGUUGGCUGCUAACCUCAUGACUACGCUGGAAGUUGUCUCUGAAAAGAAAAAAUGUUACUUUGUCGAUCUUUUCGUGCGAGUUAGUAACAAGAACGCAAUAUCCAUGUACAAGGCUUUGGGCUAUGUAGUCUACAGAACGGUACUGGAAUACUACUCGGGAGAUCCUGAUGAAAAUGCGUUUGAUAUGAGAAAAGCGUUAUCAAGAGAUGUUGAGAAAAAAUCAGUGAUCCCUCUCGAUCAUCCAGUAAGGCCAGAAGAGAUAGACUGAUGAUCGAGAUUCCCAAACUACCCUUCGACGAAAUUAUUAUUAUUAUACAUUUUUAUUUAAAAAAUAUUGGUUCAAUUUUUGAAAAUAAAAUAUAAUUAUAUUCUCAUUUCCAGUUGAUAAUUUAUUCUUUUCAAACUACUCGUAGUUUUAAUUCUUAAUACAUCAAUGCUAUUAAGACCAUGAACCGAGAACCAAUGGUAUGGUUCCAAGAGAUUCAUCUAUUUUAAUUUAAAUUAUUGUCAUACCUAUUUCUCAUUGAUUAUUAUUUAUCACAAUUCUUUAAACCGUUCGUUGUUUCCUACCAGUUUUGAAUCGAUUAUGCCAAACUACUUUUCGACGAAAUUAUAAAAAAUAUAUAUAUAUUCAAAUAUUGAAGAUAUGAUUAUAUUCUCAUUUACAGUUUAUAAUUUAUUCUUUUCAAAGUACUGUAGUUUUAAUUUUGAAUACAUCACUGUUUUACAGCUCCAACAGAUUCAUCUAUUUUAAUUCAAUUUAUUGUCAUACCUAUUUCUCAUUGAUCAUUAUUUCAUCACAAUUUUUAAAAUUUUUAGUGGUUUUCACCAUAAGUUUUCAACACUUUUAGUUGUGUUACUACACCAGUUUUCAAUUUUAAUUUUAUCACACCCUUUUCUAUGUAUUUCACACGAUAUGCAGUCAAAUACCCAAGUAAAUGAUCAAAAUCUUUUACUUACUGACAGUCAGAUUUUCAUUAUUUACUUAGAUAUUUGACUGCAUGUCGUGUUAAAUACAUAGAAAAAAGUGUGUUAAUACAUAGCAGCUCGGAAUGAAUCAAGAAACCAUCGCCUUUAAUUUUAUGUUUGUCGUCUACUGUCAAUUUUAUCGAUAUUAUUAAUUUGUAAUUAAUACUGAAUCUUGGCUGUUCAUUUAUUUAUAAUAUUAAUUAUUCACUUAUUUAUAUAUAAAAUGUUUGUACAAUUUUUUCCGGCAAACCAGAGUGUCAUGUUUUUUUGAAAAGUAAAUGGUUGCUGUAACUUGGUCUA